AAGUCAACUCAAAUAACAAGUUCGAAACAUUGAAGAGACAAAUUCCAGAAGGCCCGCGCCUGGCCCACCCGCAGACCCCGGCCCCGCCAGCCGCGUCCACCCGCCUCGGCCCGGCGCCAGCCCCCGCCCGCCCGGGGCCCGCGGUGGGAGGGGUCGGCCCCGCGCUCCGCACUUCCGAGAAGCGCCGCCCCCGCCCCGCAGCCGUCGCCCGCCGCCCGCUCUCGGCGCCCGUCGCAGCCGUCAUGGCCCGGGCCGCGCUGCCCGCGCUCCUGCUGCCGCUGCUGGGCCUCGCUGCCGUGGCCGCCGCGGACUGUCCUUCUUCCAUCUGGAUUCAGUUCCAAGACAACUGUUACAUCUUUCUUCAAGAAGCCAGUCAAGUAGAAAGCAUAGAAGAUGUCAGAAACCAGUGUACUCAUUAUGGAGCAGAUAUGAUAAGCAUACAUAAUGAAGAAGAAAAUGCUUUUAUACUAGAUACUUUGAAAAAGCAAUGGAAAGGCCCAGAUGAUAUCCUACUAGGCAUGUUUUAUGACACAGAUGAUGCGAGUUUCAAGUGGUUUGACAAUUCAGAUAUGACAUUUGAUAAAUGGGCGGCCCAAGAUGAUAGCGAGGAUUUAGUUGACACCUGUGGUUUUCUGCAUACCAAGACAGGUGAAUGGAAAAAAGGAAAUUGUGAAGUUUCUUCUGUGGAAGGAACACUUUGUAAAGCGGCUGUACCAUUUGAAAAGAAGUAUUUAUCAGAUGACCACAUUUUAAUAUCAGCUUUGGUAACUGCUAGCACAGUAAUUUUGACAGUUUUUGGAGCAAUCAUUUGGUUCCUGUACAAAAGAAGUUCUGAAUUUGGUUUCACCACAGUUUUUUCAACGGCACCCCAAUCACCUUAUAAUGACGACUGUGUUUUAGUAGUUGCAGAAGAUGAGUGUGCUGUUCAGUUUCACUAACUUUUUGAUAAUCGCAGACUAAAACAACAAACGCCUUGUAAGUGGUUCCUGUGCAACAUCUUUUAAUAUGAAACUUGGACAUCAAAAAUUAUAGGUUUAUGGUAUCCCUUAUUCCAGUAAUGGUAUUUUCAUGUACUCAUUGUUAAAAAUUAAUCUUUUGAUUCAUUAUAAAAACAGGUUUUAGAAAAGGAAUUAUCAGACCUAAUUUAGUGGUUAUAACCACUCUUCAGAUGGAGCACCUUUCAUGAGAAGGAAAGCUAAACAACAAAGUACAGUAGAUAAAACUCCAGCCUGCUUUACUUGCUCUAUUUUCCCUUCCAUGUAGUUUACUUACUUAUUCUUCGUUAUAAGAAUAAGCCUGAUUUUUAAGUAAAUACUAUACAUUUAAAUAUCCUAGAUACUGGUUAUUUUGGCAGGUAACAAUUCCUCUUCUAUCUGCAUUUUCAAGAUUUAGAUAAAAAUUUUACAAAUUUUUAACAGCCUGUACUAUAUUAAUUUUACAGUCUCACUACUUUGAUACACCAUUUUGAAUCACAUGUAGUAUUUGGUGCUGAUCAAAAGUGGUUACAUUUUUAAUAAAAAUUUAGGCUGGCACCGCACCUCACUUGGCUAAUCCUCCGCCUGCGGUGCCAGCACCCCAGGUUCUAGUCCCAGUUGGGGUGCCGGAUUCUGUCCCGGUUGCUCCUCUUCCAGGCUGUGGCCCAGGAGGGCAGUGGAGGAUGGCCCAAGUGCUUGGGCCCUGCACCCGCAUGGGAGAUCAGGAGGCGGCACCUGGCUCCUGGCUUUGGAUCGGCCAGCACGCAGGGAGCGGCCAUUUGGGGGGUGAACAAACGGAAGGAAGACCUCUCUCUCUGUCUCUCUCUCACUAACUCUGUCAAAAAAAUAAAAUUUUGUAAAUUUUUUGAAAUAAUAAAGCUGUAGCUGGGAAGGCAGAAGGCUGGCCAGAAGGUUAACGUUAUUAAUGUCCCUUUAAGAACUUAUUCUCUUAGCACCUUUUUCUGUACAACCUGUCUCAGGCUCCCAAAGCAUUUAUAAGUUUUAUACCUAAAGACAUGAGAUCUGUGUAAGCAAAGACUAAAGAAAACUAGUAGGUAUGACUACAAUAAUGAUGCUCUGAGUUUUUAGUGUGUUUACACUGUAAGGCAAGGUGAAAAUCAUUUAAGAAGCAGGGAAAAAGCAAGCUGAAACAAGUGAUUUUCUUUAGCAUCUUUCAUAGCUCAUUAACAGUAUUUUAAAAGAUAAAGAAUGCAUAAGUUACCAAAAAAUUAUUUAAUAUGCCUGAAUGCGUAAGUAAUCUGUAACUUGCACCUCAUCAAUUACAUUAUGAAGAAUUUUCUUACUGGGAGAUGGAACUCUAGCUUGACAAAUGGCAGCAGAAAUCACAGUUUUUUGCCAUCUGUUUUCACUGAUAUGAAUCAAAAGCAUCUCUUCAAAAUUAAUGGCAUUAUUAAAGAAACAACUAUAAAAUGGUGACAAAAAACUAAGCAGUAUGGCUAUGUUGUAUUACAUAAACACAUCAUACUUUCCAAGAGUUUUAAAUUUGAGAAUCUGUAUUUAACUGAUAUGUCUAUUUUACUGUUUAUGGACUAUAAUAAUGUUAACAGUGGACUUUAGCCUGAAAUUCCUAUUGCUUUUCCUACUCAGAUUCUACCACUACUUUAAUAACUUACCACUUCCCUAAAAGCAGUUAUCUCAAAUAUCUAGAAUUACAAUAUCCAGUUAACUACUAGGUACAUGAAGAUAUCCUAAGUUAAAUAUAGUUUAAAAUUCAGUUCCUCAGUUAUAUUGCUUACAUUUCAAGUACACAGAUCACAAGUGGUUAGUGGUUACCAUAUUGUACAGUGUACCAUACAUGCAUUACAGAAAAUAUUACUGGAAAUUGCUGCUUUAGACUAUCCCCUUCCACGCAACUAAUUUUCUUCUAUGUCUUUUGACAAUGUCUUAGUUAAUGAUACCCCUCUCAGAAAAGGUGUUUUAAAGUUAUUUAAAUGUUCUAUUUCAUUUUCAACAGGUUUAAAGGCCAUAGUCACCAAGUGCUAAAUCACAUUUACAUUCCAGAUUGUCUUAUUAUAUUUAGAAUAUAGAAAUUGUUUUCUUCAGCAUUUUCAUUCUAGGUAAUGAUGACAAUAUAAUUCUUAUGUUCGCCAAGUACCUUGGAAAAUCAACGUUUUAAGGUACAUUUUCUUAGGAAUUUGUACUCCUUAUAGUAUCAUAUGGUCUCUUGUUUGGCAUUUGAAAGUGAUAACCAAUGAAAGACAUUCCUCUUACUCCUGUAGUGUCACAUUUAAAUGAAAUCACAAGCUAAUGACAAUAUUUAAAUGCUAAGUGGUUCUAUGAAACUACAAAAAAAAUUACCUCUGUCACAUAGCAUUUAAUGACACAACUAAAUAUAAAUAAAUCAUACACACAAGUUUCCUACAAUUUAGUCAACAUUUUUAAAUUUUAAUUUAAAUUUUUUGUUAGGCAGAAGACUUUUCAUAUUGAAUUCUAAGUAAUUCAGAGCAUCCCUAAGGAUCCACAGAAAUAUACUGAAAUUUUGUAUUUAAGUCAGGCAAAGACAAAGUCAAGAGUUGAACAAAUGUUUUAGAAGUAUUUAUAUUCCUGUAUGAAACAAUUUGAAAACUUAAUAAAAUUCUCGGCUAUGA